CUGAAUCGGAUCGGCACUGGAAGACAGAAGAUGUCAGGAGAUCUUGUAGCUGUGUGGGACGUGGCUUUGAGUGAUGGUGUGCACAGGAUUGAAUUUGAACAUGGCACAACCACAGGCAAGCGGGUCAUUUACAUUGAUGGAAAGGAAGUCAUUAGGAGAGAUUGGAUGUUCAAACUGGUUGGAAAGGAGACUUUUCAUGUGGGUGAUGCAAAUACAAAAGCCACUAUUAACAUAGAUGCAGUGAGUGGCUUUGCAUACGAGUACACUCUUGAGAUUAACGGACAGAGCCUGAAGAAGUACAUGGAGAAUCGCUCCAAAGUUACCAGCACUUGGCUCCUCAACCUUGAUGGCAUCGACUGCAGAGUGGUUCUGGAGAAAGAUACCAUGGAUAUAUGGUGCAAUGGGCAGAAAAUGGAAACAGCUGGUGAGUUUGUUGAUGAAGGCACAGAGACACAUUUCUCUCUGGGCGACCAUGACUGCUGCAUUAAGGCUAUGAGCAGCGGCAAGAGACAAGAUGGCAUCAUUCACACACUGCUGGUGGAUGACAUGGAAAUCUCAGAGUCAGAGGGAUCUGUGUGAAUGAGUGUGUGUGUUUGGACUAUCCAUUAUCCAUUGUAUUAUAUGUCAUGAGAAGUGAAUAUACAGUCAGGUCCAUAUAUAUUUGUACACGGCACAAUUUUUAUUUAGCCGUUGACCAAAACAUAUUCAAGUUACAGGUAUAUAAUGAAUAUGGGCAAAGUGCAAACUCUCAGUUUAAUUGGAGGGAAGGUUCUUUGAUGUGUACCACUUUUGAUGUGUACCACCUUUUUCAAGGGACCAUAAAUAUUUGGACAGCCAUUUCAUGGGCAGGUGUGGGCUAUUGCUUCACUAUUUCUACAACAGUUAAGAAAAGUAAAACCAAGUGGAAAGGUCUGGAGUUGA